AUACAUUGAUUGGUCAGUCCACAAGGAAGCGAGGCAUUAACGGCCAGCUGCGGGAAGAAUAACAACUUUUUAGUCGAGCAAAAGGUUGGAAGCACAAACCAAAUUCAAAAUGAGCUUCUCGGUUUUCUCAUAUGAGAGUUUGGUUCAUGCUGUGUCAGGGGCAGCGGGAAGUGUGACUGCCAUGACCGUGUUCUUCCCUCUUGAUACUGCCAGACUGAGGCUUCAAGUGGAUGAAAAUAGAAAGGCCAGAUCAACUCCAGCCAUCCUGGCAGAAAUUGUCAAAGAGGAAGGACUACUGGCUCCAUACAGAGGUUGGUUCCCGGUUAUCUGCAGCCUGUGCUGCUCCAACUUUGUCUACUUCUACUGCUUCCACAGCCUCAAGGCUACCUGGUUGAGGGGACAACAGUCAUUACCCACCACUGAUUUGCUCAUAGGCAUCGCUGCAGGUAUUGUAAAUGUACUGGUUACCACUCCUUUGUGGGUUGUCAAUACCAGGCUAAAGCUUCAAGGUUCCAACUUUCGCAAUACAGACAUACGGCCCACCAACUACGCUGGCAUUCAGGAUGCAUUCGGGCAGAUCAUUCGCAAUGAGGGCGUGGGAGCACUGUGGAAUGGGACCUUCCCCUCACUGCUGCUGGUGCUGAACCCAGCCAUCCAGUUCAUGAUUUAUGAAGGACUGAAGAGGCAGCUGAGGAGAGGAGUUCCCAGGGAGCUGUCAUCUGCUGAGAUCUUCGUCAUUGGUGCUGUUGCCAAAGCUGUUGCCACCACUGUUACAUAUCCACUGCAGACUAUUCAAUCCCUUCUUAGGUUUGGUCAGUUUGGCGAGUCAACAGACAAGUCAAAAGUGCUGUCCAGUCUAAGGACUAUCAAGUGUGUUUUGGUCAACAGAGUGAGGAAGUAUGGCGUGUUAGGUCUGUUUAAAGGCCUGGAGGCCAAGCUGCUGCAGACGGUGCUGACUGCUGCCCUCAUGUUGCUUCUUUAUGAGAAGAUUGCCAGCUGCACCUUCAGAGUCAUGGGACUGAGCAACAAAAACUUCAAGAAACGCUAGCGAGCAAGACAUUUCCCAACCAUGGACACUGGACCACUUUAAAGCACUGAUGGUACUGAUCACUGCUUAGGGCCGCAGCGAUGGAGACUUUCUGGAAAACUAUCACCUUCCUUUCAUCUUUAACGGUGACCUCAUCUUGAAAAUACUGUCAGGAUAACAUUGAUUUUGCUGUUUUGUCCUUCUGUAACAGUCCUGAAUGAUUAUGAUAAAAAGUGCUGGAAAUGCUGAAACAGAUUCACCAUUAUCACAUCAGGUUACACAGUGUCGUGAGUACAACGACUCCCAUUAAACCUCAACUUUAUUUGUCCUGGA